GUUGCCGUCAAUUCCCACUCCCGUGUCGUCCCAUUCCAAUAUUCGCUUGACGUUCUCUACAACGGCAUUGAAUGGUCCUGGCGAAAUGGUACCGUCUUGUCCUACGCCUCGUCUCCCGUCGAUGUUAAUGUCCUCGAAAAGUGGGAAAAUCCAAGUUGUGAAGUUGUCAUAAAUCCACAAACCACCCUUGUGUCUUACAUAAAUGCCUUGCUUUCCCAAGCUCCUAUGGCGGUAUCAUUCUCCACUAAGAUGAUGGCCUUUUUCAAGAUGACAAGAGAAAACGGCAGAUACUCUGGUAAUACCUUGAUGGGCCGUGAAACCGAUUUGCUCAAUGAUGCUGAAUCCUUUUCGAAACCUUUUGUUGUGUACGAUGCUCCUACUCUGCCAAGGGAACAUGCUAUUAUUAUCAUUGUGUUCAGCCAUGGAGAGUACUGGGCUGUUUCUUCUAAGUAUUCGGACUUGCGGUGCUUGUCAGACUCAUCUGUGGUUCGCGACUGGCCCGUUAUUCGCAUCCGCCAUGUGAGCUAUGACUAG